UCACCUCGUUUGUUCGUUCGUUCGGUCGGUUCGGUUUGAUUGCGGUAGUGAGAGUGAAUUGGCCCCCGGAACCCACCGCAUGCACCACCGGGUUCGGCAAACCGCUGGAAGGGAGCCCUCCGUCGACUUUAAUGCUUCUCGUGCAGCAGAAGUGGCAAAAGUGUUAUUAAAAUAUAUAAAACUCAAAGGCUGGGAAAAUUCGAUUUUAGUCUAUUGCGGUGCCCUUCUCGAAUGCGUUGAAACGACGCUUUUCGGAAGCAAUAACAAAAAAACAGGAUUCGGGGUUUGCCCGGUGCGGUACGGUACGGUUCUCAGAAGUCCAACGAAUAAAAAACCUCACUAAGCUAAGCCAAUCGGGUCGUUUUUAGUAUCGAGACACGCAUCAAUAAUUCGGUUUUGUUUUCGGUCCUCGGAUAGCUGCUGCUGAUUGGAAAAUCAAAUUUCGUGUCCGGUGGUCCGGUAGUGAGUGUGUAAAACCGUUUGGUGUGCGCUUGUGCUACAUACAGUUGGAGGUGAUUUUUCAGUUCGACAAAGUUCAGAGCACGGCUGGGCAGCAAGAAUGAAGUUUACGUGCGAUCUCUUGCCGCUUGUGCUUUCACUGCUAUUUCUGGUGGCACUGGUCAGCUCCGAUCCAUCGAAAGACAACGGCCAAUCGAAACAGCACAGCCUCACCAAGGCCAGUAUCGUUGAGGACGACGGCGGUAGUGAAAAGUCCUCCGCGCUGAACGCUGACGCCGAUCAUGGUCAUCAGAACAAACGUGGAGCUCCGAUUAUUCCGACGAUUGUUGGGACCCCGCAGCAUAGCUACAUUAAUCAAGCGGCAGUCCCGGGAGCAGCGGGAAUCAUAACGACAUCGGUUGGCAACCCGCUAGCAUACGCGACCAGCUACGGGCAAACUCAUCAUGCUGCCGCUGCCGGUCAGCUGGUACAGGCAGGAACCGGAUCACCUCAGCAGGCACUGUAUCACAAAAUCAACUACGUUGCCCCGAGUUCUGCCCUCAAAGUCGCAACCUACGCCACACCGGUUCAUUACGAGUACGCUGCCGCUGCGGGUCCCGCACUGAGCAAGUAUCAGUACGGCACGGCGAUUCCCCAGUACCAGUACGCCCACUACCCUCAGUAUCAGGUCUACCAGCACCAUCAAACUCCAAGCGGAACGAUCAUCACCACCGCGGCCCAACAUCAGCCAGCAACGAUUUAUGCCGCCCACCAACCGGAAGCAGCAGCAGCAGCGGCCGCCACAAUUCACUACGCGCUGACUGCGGCUCACCCGUCAUUGAUUCACCAUCAACAACCGCAGCAGCAGCAGCAGCAAGCUAAUUUCCAUCACUCGGUCAUUCAGACCCAUCAAGGUCAAACGCCGGCAAGUACCUUCCACUAUCAGCAGCAGCAGCAUCCGCAAGCGACGCUGGUAGGAGUGCAGCCCCAGGUGCCGGUCAUUCAUCAGGCUCCAAUCGCGGCCAUCAAUCAGGUUCAGCAGGCGAAUCAGGUGUAUGCAACGCAGGGCCAGCUCGCAAAGUUCCCGUUGGCAACGGUGGCACCCUUGUAUGCGACCCCGUCGGCUGGCAACCAGAUCUACCACCAGCAAACCAAUUACGCCGCAUAUCCUGUUCCUCUAGCUGCCAAGCAAAUCGUGUCAACAGUGGCAGCACCAACCAUCGCCCCACCUGCUGCUCAUAUUAAGCAAUUAAUCCCUGUAACUACUGCCACCAGCACCACCCAUCACGGGAAGGGACUCAGCUAUGCAACAUUUACGCAGCAGGUGAAUCCCGCCGUAUUGCAGCAGUUGCAAACACACGUUCCUUACUACAAUACGGCUGCCUCAGCUUCGAACUAUCAGCAGCAUCAUCAUCAACAACAACAGCAGCAACAACAACAAACUCAACAGCAAGCCUACCACUAUCAACAACCACGAUACCAAAUCUACUCGACAGUGGCAACACCGGUCCAGAAGUCGACUCUCUUCUACCCUGCCCAAUAUGCCCAAACCUCGAUUCCAGCCACCAUCUACGCCACAGCGGCAUCACCUAUGCAGCAGCAACAGCAGCAACAAUCGCAGCACUACGGAACGCAUCUUUAUCAGCAACCCCAAUCAUAUACACCAUUGGCCAAGCUCACGUACACUCCGGGGGCUGCCUCCCUCCAGAAAGGAUUCUAUCCGAUUCAGUAAGGUGAAGAUGCUUAAUAGGGGAGUGGUGACAGGCCGCGGAUGUUUUCUUGUUGAUUUCUUUCUUGCUCGGUUUUUAAUAUUUAUUGGUUCUCGUUAGGUUUAUUGUUGAUAAUUGCCAAUUAGAUUUUAAUUAU